CCGGUCUGGACGUUCGUGCGGGACAGAAACCCGGUCUGGACACACCUUCAGGGUUGUGUGUGUGCAGGAUUACAAAUUAAUGAUCAGCCUGCUGACCACGCUGUGUCUGCAGAGAUUAUAAAUACAGCUGAUCACUGAUCAGAUCUACCUUCCUCCUGCUGAGUCUUCAUCCUUGUCAUCCUCUUCAUUACUGCUGCUGCUUCAGGUCUAGACCUAUCGGUCAGAAUGAGUCCUAAACAAGUCGUCUUUAAGAAGCUGUCCCGGGACAAGUCGGUGGCCGUCUACAUGGCCAAGAGAGACUUUGUGGACCACAGUGACUUUGUGGAUCCAGUCGAUGGAGUGGUUGUUAUUGACCCAGUGCAGCUCAAAGGAAGAAAAGUGUAUGUGAUGCUGUCGUGCACAUUCCGGUAUGGCCGCCAGGACAUGGAUGUGUUGGGCGUGGCCUUCAGACGGGACCUGUUUCUGGUGACCCGGCAGGUUUAUCCAGAGAUGCAGGACAAGGAGAAGCUGACCCACACCAGGAUCCAGCAGAAGCUGCUGCGUAAGCUGGGAGACAACGCUUUCCCCUUCUUCUUUGAGUUUCCAGACAAUCUGCCGUGUUCUAUCAGUCUGCAGCCUGGACCGUCAGAUGAGGGGAAGAAAUGUGCGGUGGAGUUCGAGGUGAAAGCUUUCUGUGCUGACAAUCAAGAUGAGAAGAUUGAGAAACAGAGCUCGGUUCGUCUAACUAUCCGUAAGAUCCAGUACAGUCCAGACAACACAGAGUUGGCUCCGCUGGCAGACAUGACCUUCGAGUUCCUGAUGUCAGAGAAACCCCUGCACGUCAAGCUUAGCCUGCCCAAAGAGACAUUUUACCACGGUGAACCAGUCAAAGCAAACGUUGAAAUUACAAAUUCAUCCAGCAGGAACAUCAAAGACAUCAGUUUGUCAGUCGAGCAGGUGACCAAUGUCGUUCUUUACUCCAAUGAUAAAUACGUCAAAUCUGUGGCCAAAGAAGAAACCGAUGACUCGGUUCCGGCUGGUACCACCCUGAAGAAGGAGUACACCCUGUAUCCGCUGCUGGCCUACAACAAGGACCGCCGAGGAAUCGCUUUGGAUGGACGCUUGAAACACGAAGACACCAACCUGGCUUCAUCCACCAUGGUGAAGCAGGAGGUACUGAAGGAGGUGCAGGGGAUGCUGGUGUCCUACAAGGUGGUGCUGAGGAUGAUCGCGUCUGGGACGGUGGGAUCCAGUGAGGUGUCUCUAGAGGUUCCUUUCAAGCUGAUGCAUCCUAAACCAGACCCAGUCAAGGACAGUGAACCUGAUGACAUGGUGUUUGAGGAUUUCAAACGGGUCUACCUGAAGGGAGUGGUCUAUGGGGACGAUGAAGAGUCCCCAACCGAGGCAUGAGCUACAAAGAUGACCGCCACAUCCAGAGCUGAUGACAUGCACAGUUUGCUUCUCCACCUGCUGAUUGUGUUUGCGUCUCCGCUGUGUUGCCAUAACAGCACCUGAGGAAGGAUGACCGUCAGCCUGCAGGGGGCGCUGCAAGGAACCAGAGAUCAUAGAGUCCAGUUUUCUGCAUCUUCACCAUCAAGAUGUGAUGGAUGUUUGAUGAAGAAGCUAGGAGGCAUGUUGUCAGGCUGUGUGUGGCUGAUGCUCUGAAUGUGCAUGUGAGUGUGCAUGUGCUGGCGGUGUUUCUGUCGUAGAGUCGGAUGGAUCCAGACGACCGCAGGUAGAAUCAUGUUCUUGAUGUUGUAGUCCAGAUGUUUGAUGUUCCGUAGCUUCAGUCCAGAGCGUUAGAGGGACGGAGGUCAGAGCAGUUAAAUAAACGUCCUGUGGAC